AUGGAAGGCACGGAAGGCUCAAGCGACGACCAUCCAAUUGUUAUUCCUGAACUCAGCAUGAAUAUGUUUGAAUUGUUCCUCUCAGUUGCAUACAGCAGUUGGAAACCUGAAGGUCCCACUCAUGACGAUGUUGUUGACCUUCUUCGAUUCAGCAACAAGUUCAUGAGUCAAAAAGCUCGUGAUAAGUUCUUCGUUCCCACUUUUCGCCGUCUCAUUGAAUUUCGUGUUCGCAAUAUUCCAGGACCAGUGCGAAAGAGACUUGGGUUUGAAGUCUGGAAUGCAUUUGUGGAUUUAAAAGAGCUUCUUGAUGAGCACCGCCGCAUUGUUGCCUGCGAGGAGCCGCCCAUUAUUGAGCAUUCACCAUACUGCACCGACAACACCACAUGUUCCAUUGACUGGCGGCAACUGUGGUGGAACUCGAUGGCCCAUUUUCUCCUUGAUGGUCGCAAUCCUCAAUAUUUCCGUGAAGCCGUCGAGCGCUUCCAGGAGCUUGGGUCCGAGAUUGGAAGGAUGAAUCCAGAGUGCUGGAAGAUCCUGCUUCAAACAGUGAAAAAAGGAGCAGCAUUCCAUCUCACUGUUGAUCUUGUUGAGGAGACGGCUCAGCAGUUGUCGGCGGCUCUGAUCACGGAGCCUGGCCCAAUGCUGACACGUGCAGAGUUGGAUACCUUGGGCUUGCCAAGUCAAGAAAUUUUAUGA